AUCCCAUAAAACUUUUCAAUUAACUCAAAAUGGCGCUCUCUCUUUUGGUUCUCAAUUCUCAAACUCUACCCCCCCCCUCUCCUUCUCUCUCCCUACAAAAUCAAUCCCCUGCAACCCACUCUCACACUCACUACCUCUGCUUAUUUUCCUCCUCUCUCUCUCUCUCUCUCUCAACCCAAUACUUUCCACUUUCGUUUGCGGGUAAAAACCAAAGGGAGAGAGAUGGAGUCUAUCGCCAUGGCCGAACAGGAAAAGUCCGUCCGCAUUACGCGCGCAGCGGCGAAGAAGCGGGCCGCAGCCGCCAUGGCUGUUGAAUUGCAGCUGUUUGGUAAGCGUUUGGUUCUGGGAGAUGUUACCAAUCUUAAUAAUGUUGACCAAAACCACACUCCUGGGUUUGCGCCUCACAAACGGAAAUGUAAAACCAAGCCGGAGGUCAACAAACCGUUGACUACGCAAGAGGUUUUUGCCAACGACGACGAUCCGCAAUUUUGUGUGCCUUAUGCUUCCGACAUAUAUCAGUAUCUUCUCAAGAUGGAGGCGGAUCCAAAGAGAAGACCGUUGCCUGAUUAUAUGGAGAAGAUUCAAAAAGAUGUGAAUGCUAAUAUGCGAGGGGUUCUUGUCGAUUGGUUGGUGGAGGUCGCCGAAGAGUACAAGCUUCUUUCUAUUACUCUUCAUCUAUCCAUUUCUUACAUUGAUAGAUUCCUGUCCAUGAAUGUUCUCAGUAGAAAAAGCCUUCAGUUAUUGGGUGUUUCCUCAAUGCUAAUUGCCUCGAAGUAUGAAGAGAUUUCUCCUCCGAAUGUGGUAGAUUUUUGUAACAUGACAGAUCAAACGUACACGAAAGAUGAGGUAGUCAAGAUGGAAGCUGAUAUACUCAAGACCCUCAAAUUUGAGAUGGGCAAUCCUACAGUGCAGAUGUUUUUAAGGCAAUUCACUGAUGUUUCCCUUCAGCUUUACAAUGUUCCCAAUGCGCAGUUUGAGUUCUUGUGUUGCUACCUUGCAGAUCUAAGUUUAUUGGAUUAUAAGUGUGUAAAAUUCUUGCCAUCUUUGGUAGCUGCAUCUGUUGUUUUUCUGGCAAGAUUUUUGAUCCAUCCAAAGAUGCAUCCUUGGUGUCGAAUCCUGCAAGAAUGUUGUGGGUAUAAGGCAUCUGAUUUGAAAGAAUGUGUCCUUGCCAUACACGACUUGUACCUGAGCAGGAGAGGAGGGUCUUUACAAGCUAUAAGAGAGAAAUACAGGCAUCGUAAGUUCAAAUCAGUGGCCAAUAUGCCUUCUCCUCCAGAGAUACCAGGUUUUUGUUUUGAAGGAGUUAAAGAAUAAAAGUUAGAUUGGCGUAUAGGAUCUAGGUUUUCUGUCUUCGAAUGAAAUGGAUCGGUCCAUCUGGUUGUGCGAUGCCUCCAAUUUACGUGGAAUCUAUUAUUGUCAACUCAAGAAAGAAUGUCUUGCAUUUCCACGCAGUAAGCCAACUAUGUAAAAUGCAGUCUCUUGGAUAUAAAGCAUGAAGUGUUUGGUAAGUUGCUUUUGGUGAGGAUGUGAAUGUCCUUGCAGCUUUAGCUCGAGACCUUUCUUGAAAAGUUCCACCGGCUACUUUACGGCAGGUCUGUGAUAUUGUAUGCAAGAGAUUCAGCGUAUGUUGCUACCUUUUCGCUUGGAGAUUAACUGAUGAGGGUUAUUAUGGAGAUCCCACCUUAAAACCUGAUUUAUGGUCCAUCUGUAAAUGUUUGUAAUUCAUUAUUUCUUUUUACAGAUGUUCCGUUGCAGUAGAAAUGCCCUUUGCAUACUGGAAACGUAUAAUAAACUUUAGUAGUAGAGUACCAUUGUAUAUUUGUCGGUUGGGCUGAUAUUUUAUUUUAUUUUAUUUUUUUCCCGAUUGAGUAACGAAAGGCGAAAUCAAUUCAUGAAGUGUAAAUGGGGAUGAAAAUCUGGGUUUCUGUCGUUGUAUAUCCAUCUUUAUAAUGAUAUCUAUAAUCAACAUAAUUUGCUUAAA